AUGUACUCUGCUUUUUUGCGACGGAUGGCCAAGGUCACGGCCCGUAUUCCGUACUUGAAGGAAUUGAGCAUGAAUUUCAUUCUUAUCCAUUAUACCUACAUCAUCUGCGUGAGCAUGAUUACUUCCAUCAUCAUCUAUCCCGGGAGUAAACUGGCUUAUAUCGAUGCGCUUUUCUUUUCCGCGGGAGCGGCCACCCAGAGUGGUCUCAACACAGUGGAUUUGAAUCUGCUCCAGACCUACCAGCAGGUCAUUUUAUAUUUCGUCUCCAUGCUUACGACCCCGAUCUUCAUCAAUACCGUCCUCGUUUUCAUCCGUCUCUAUUGGUUCGAAAAGCGGUUUCAGCAUGUGGUACGAGACGCCCGAGCUCUACGCCAAACCCGCACCCGAGCCCGCACCGUCACCGCCGAUAAAGAUGGGCAGGAUUACAACAUGGAGGAGAUGGGCGUUGGCAGGCGGCCGAUUGCCGUCAUGCGGGACGGGUCUCAUCCGGACAAGAUCUCGGAGGAGACAAACUCGGCCCCAGAGUCCCCCAAGGCGAAGCCCCAGAAUGGGGACCAAACCGAUGAAUCGGGGAGCGGCGCGGAGCCCAAGCCAGGGUUGGGUUCUAACUUGGGCCUGGGUGGUUUACGCGUGCCGACGCAGCUGAGCCCUGAACAUCACAUUGCGUUCUUGGAAAAUCAGAGAAGAAACAAAGGAGCUUUGCGUAUCCCAAGUCCUCGCGAAUACGACCGGGGUGGUGUCCCCGAGGUGCUGGAAGAAGAGGGGGGUGAGGAACUUACCAAGAAACCGAGUAAUCAGACCGAUGAUCAGCGUCCGGAUUCAGAGGACUCCAGCAAUGUCGGACCACUUGAUGGCCCUCAUAUUACGAUUAACGAGCCGGACAUGGGGCGGACCAAGACGAGGAACACGACCUUUCCCCGGAUGGAUACUCGUCCAACUGUGCGCGAGACCAGAGACGCGAACGAUGAGCCUUCGUUUCUCGGCCGUUCAAGAACAAGGAGAAACACGGUUAACAGCAUUUUCCGAUCUCUGACUCAAGAAAGAGACCGUCCUACUCUUCCCUAUCUCAGUUGGGAUGCCACCGUUGGCCGAAACUCCAAUUUCGUCGAUCUGACGGAGGAGCAGAGAGAUGAGUUGGGAGGUAUUGAGUAUCGCGCUUUGAAGACACUGGCUGUUGUCUUGAUGUCCUACUACGUUUUCUUCCACCUCCUUGGAAUCGUCUGCUUAGUCCCUUGGAUUAUGACUACGCACUGGGGAAAUGUGGUCACAGGAGAUGGUCAAGGACGUCCUUGGUGGGGAAUUUUCACGGCCGGCUCUUCGUUCAACGAUGUUGGAUUCACUUUAACCCCGGACUCGAUGAUGUCUUUCCAAGAAGCCGUAUUCCCUCUGCUUCUGAUGACCUUCCUCAUCAUCAUUGGCAACACUGGGUUUCCUUGUAUGCUUCGGUUGAUCAUUUGGGCUGCCUCUAAGAUAGCAACAGAAGACAGUCCUCUUUGGGAGGAGUUGAAGUUUCUGCUGGACCAUCCCCGUCGAUGCUUUACGCUUCUCUUUCCUCGAAAUGCGACCUGGUGGCUGUUUGCGAUUCUCAUUGCGCUGAACGGAAUUGACCUGAUCUUCUUCAUCAUCUUGGAUAUCAACGAUCCAACCGUCACUAAUCUACCCCCUGGAAUCCGUGUUUUAUGUGGUCUCUUCCAGGCCGCAGCUACGCGAACCGCAGGAUUCUCAGUCGUGAGCUUGUCAGAUCUCCACCCUGCAGUUCAAGUAUCCUACCUCAUCAUGAUGUACAUCUCCGUCUUCCCCAUCGCCAUCUCCAUGCGACGAACAAACGUCUAUGAAGAAAAGAGUCUGGGCGUCUACCCAAUCCCCGAGGAAGAAGAAGAAGCCGAAGAAAACGCCAACGCCCCCAGUUAUAUCGGCGCCCACUUGCGCAAACAACUCAGUUUCGACCUGUGGUACGUCUUCCUCGGCCUCUUCAUCAUCGCCAUCGUCGAAGGCGGCCGUCUCCAAAACAAAGACCAAUACUCCUUCCAACUCUGGCCUGUCCUCUUCGAAGUCGUCUCCGCCUACGGCACCGUCGGCCUCUCCCUCGGCUACCCAGGCGUCAACGCCUCCUUCGUCUCCGAAUUUCAAGUCAUCUCCAAACUCGUCAUCAUCGCCAUGCAAGUCCGCGGCCGCCAUCGCGGUCUCCCAUACACCCUCGAUCGUGCCAUCCUCCUCCCCUCCGAAGCCCUGAACCAAAAGGAAGUCGCAGACGCAGAAAAGCGCAUGCGCCGUCGCGCUUCAAACCUCUCCACCAUCCCUUCCACAGACAUGGAGCGGCAAUCGACGAACCCGCGCUCUGAAACCGGCGCUACCUCGGGGCUGGAACCUCGCGACCGUGCCAAUUCCGGGAUGAAUGCCGACUCGGUGCUGCGUCGUCAAUCGACUCGCCGGUCUCAGCGGUAG